GAGAGAGAGAGAGAGAGAGGGGGGGAGAAGCGAGAGGGGGACGAUGGUAACGAUGACCACGGAAGUUGAUAAAGACAAGGCAGUGACAGUAGUGAUAAGUGCACCGAAAAAGAUGAACGUUAACGGCAACGAAAAGGACAAGGAUCGGGACCGGGAGCAGGGAGCAAAGGACGGGGAGGGUGAGGGUGAGGUGGCAGUUAGUGUGGUAGUGCCACCGGUGUUACCGGGUGGUACGGGUAAUAGUACGGGAGCGGGUCCACCUGGUAGUGGCGGCACCGGAAGCAGUAGUAAUAGCAAUGCAACAGCAACAACGGCAACAUCAUCAACAACGACGACGACGGCGACGACGACGACGACGACAGCGACUACUGCGGCCACCAGUACGGGUGUCGCUGGUACGAGUGGGUCGUCCGGUAAGGCUAGCGGUCAACCUUCCCACGCUCAGGCAACCCAGGCGGCACUGAAUCAGGAUGCACCGAACAUUUUAGUGUAUAAGAAGAUGGAAGCGAUCGUUGAGCGGAUGCAGGGUGAGGAGGGUGGCGUCUCGGUACGCACGAUCAAAGCCUUCAUGAGCAAAGUACCGUCCGUAUUCACUGGUGCCGAUCUGAUAGCGUGGAUCAUGAAGAAUCUCAGCAUAGAGGACGUGAACGAGGCACUGCACCUGGCGCAUCUGCUCGCCUCACACGGCUACCUCUUCCCGAUCGACGAUCACCAGCUGACGGUGAAGAACGACGGUACGUUCUACCGCUUCCAGACACCCUACUUUUGGCCCUCGAACUGCUGGGAGCCGGAAAACACCGACUACGCCGUGUACCUGUGCAAGCGCACGAUGCAGAACAAAACGCGCCUGGAGCUGGCCGACUACGAGGCGGAAAAUUUGGCCAAACUGCAGAAAAUGUUUUCCCGCAAGUGGGAGUUUAUCUUCAUGCAGGCGGAAGCCCAAAGCAAGGUGGACAAAAAGCGGGACAAGCUCGAGCGCAAGGUGCUCGAUUCGCAGGAGCGUGCAUUUUGGGACGUGCACCGACCGAUGCCGGGCUGCGUCAACACGACCGAGGUCGACAUCAAGAAGGCGUACCGGCGUGGUGCGUCCAGCCUUGGGUCGGGCUCGUCCGGCACCGCCGGCAAUAGCAAUCCGGUGGAGCAGCUGACGCGCCAGAUCAAGCUGCUAAAGCUGAAGCUCGAGCGACGCACGAUCAAAAUCUCCAAAGUGGCCGAAUCCUACACUUCAUACUUUGAGCAAUACAAUGAUUACGACAGCUUUCUGAACCCGCCCGAUCAACCGAACCCUUGGAUUACGGACAAUACCGAAAUGUGGGACGCCGAUCGAACUGCCAAAGACGUAUCGCUAAAGCGCGUAAAGCGGUGGGGCUUUAGCUUGCGCGAACUGUUGAACGAUCCCGUCGGUCGGGAACAGUUUUCCAAGUUCCUGGAUAAAGAAUUUAGUGGUGAAAAUCUAAAGUUCUGGGAGUCGGUACAGAGCAUGAAGGCACAACCACAGUCCAAAGUGAAGGAAGCGGCCCAUGCCAUCUAUCUCGAGUUUCUUGCACCGGACGCACCGUGCCCGGUAAAUGUGGACUCGAAAUCGAUGGAGCUGGCACGGGAAGCGGUGAGCAGCACGGCACCACCGAAUCGUUGGUGCUUCGACGUCGCUGCCGCCCACGUGUACCAUCUGAUGAAGAGCGACUCCUACUCACGCUACCUGCGCUCCGACAUGUACAAGGAGUAUCUGAACGGAUCGAAAAAGAAGAUUAAAUCCAUACCGAACCUGUUCGGUGUGAAGCGCUAAACCCCCGCUGGUGGAUGGGCGAGGCUUUCCCGGGUGGGGAAAUUUUCUUCGAGGCGACAAAAGGCGUUCCGUUAGCCAAGUUUUAAUGAUGUGUUGAGCGUGGAACGUGUUCCGGUACAGCAGAUAUCGCACUCCUCGAAUGAAUAGGUUAAAGUAGAAUAGAGUGUAAUAGCCGGUGAAUGGAGACGAUGGGCUUUUUAUAUUUUGCGAACCGAUCGAAGACGGUCGCAUUUCGUAGAACGAUUGUUUUAGCGUCUCAGUGUGACCGCGCCAUAGCUGAUUGAUAAGUUUAAGUGCAACACAGAAAGCAAAAAGCUCUCCCCGAGAACAUUUACGAUGCGCGACACGCGUUGCGUUUGAUUGAUGCCAUUUACCGUAAACGGAAUUGCCAGACAGUGGGGCAGGCCGCGCGGGCGCGCGCUCGCGCGAUACCAUUUAGCAAAGCAACCAACCAACCAAAUACAACCAAACGAAGGAAUUGUUGAUGAAUUUCAUCGAACCGAUAGCGUAUAUUUCGUACGCAUCGCGAUUACAGAUGCGUUUAGCAUUAAUGAUGUAUCUCAUGUAGUUGGUAAAGAGGAAACUAGUGAACUACUUGUAGUAUGUAAGAGGAAAGAGCAAGCAAACGAAAGAGGAAGGAGCGGUCGGUCGCUAGCUGAAACUGGAAGUGAGAACGGGUAGCAAUGCCAUUAGAAUUAUACAACAGAUACAAUGCAUAUAGAUAUAAAAAGGAAACGCAACAACAAGACAAGAGCAAAUAUUAUUAUACUAAAAAAUAUAUAUACAUAUAUACCAUAUAUACACACAUAGACACACGAUCGAUGGAUCGUCCCUUAACCCCAACAGACCCACCCAUCCACAACCAAACAUCGGUAAGCCUGCCAACGAUGAGAAGGAUACGAGGUUUAAACGAAAAUACCAUGGCAAAGCAUAGAAAGAAAUCCAAUAAGCAUUAUCAGCAAACAAUCACACACCCAAACACUCACACACAUAGCCUGAACUGUAAACAUUCCUAAAGGAAAGCAUUAGCAGGUCCAGAUGCGGUCCGACGGGAGGACGGCAGGAGUUUACAGUGUGGAAACAUAAGUGAGAAGAUUAUAGCAAAAACUAGCAACUGUAGUAGCAUUAUAGUAUUGAUUGAAGAAAGAAAAAAAAACAAUAACACCCGAACACGAGGGAGUAUAGAAGAAAAUGUUACAAUACCAUUACAAACCCCCGUUUAGAACACAGGAACACGAAAACAGUUCAUUAUAUUAUAAUGGAAUAAACGAGAAUGAGAAACUGAA